AUGUCAGAACGCAAUCCAAAGGACUCUAUGAAGUCCACCUGGCGGCGACAAGCCCGCUCAGAGUGGACUCUUUUCCAUUGGUUCUAUGAACUACUGGGUAUCCACCCGGAGCAUCUCGACAAGAACAUCCCAGUCCAUCUGAAGGAAGACGCCGUGCCCUAUGUCCCAGACUGGUCGAUGCACCGCUGGGUCCUCACCCACGCCGUGAUCCCCCUUCUGAUCCAUCAAGCCUACGUAAAGAUCACCGGCCACAAUCUCAGCGCAUGGGGCGCCUUCAUCCUAUACAGCAUCGGCUUCAAAGCCAUCGCCAUCCACGAGCUGCACGUGCUCCGCCGCCUAGGCCACCAACACGGCUUUCUAGACGGUGACAAGCACGCCCGCGAUGGCGUUCCCGAUGUAGGCGUCGCAAAGGUCGUCCGCUCGCUAAUGUCGACCUCGACCUUCCGCCCCAUGUUCACCGUCUUCAUCGCCUACCACGCCAGCCAAACGCCCGCAACAAUGAGCUUCGCCUGGCUGCCCCUCGAAGUCGGCCUGUACGGCAUCAUCCUCGACUUCUGGUUCUACUGGUACCACCGGCUGAUGCACGACGUCGGUGGGCUAUGGAAAUACCACCGCACACACCACCUCACCAAGCACCCGAACCCGCUGCUGACGCUGUACGCCGACACCGAGCAGGAGUUCUUCGAUAUCCUCGGCAUCCCGCUCAUGACGUACUUCUCGAUGCGGUUCAUGGGCAUGCCGAUGGGGUUCUAUGAGUGGUGGAUCUGUCACCAGUAUGUUGUUUUUGCGGAGCUGGCGGGCCACAGCGGGCUGCGGGUUCAUGCCACGCCGCCGUCGACGUUGAGUUGGGCUUUGCGGUGGUUUGAUGCGGAGCUUGUUAUUGAGGAUCAUGAUUUGCAUCAUCGUAAGGGAUGGAAGAAGAGUCAUAAUUACGGGAAGCAGACGAGGCUUUGGGAUAGGAUAUUUGGGACUUGUACCGAGCGCAUCGAGUCGGUUGAACAUAAUGUUGAUUAUGUUAAUUCGUCGCCUAUGCCACUCUAUUGA